GUUUGCAUGUAGAGGGUGAGUGCAAGAGAAGGAACGUGUGCUCAGGUCCUUUGAACAAAGAACCUGGACACCGUGUGUGGGAGACUGCGUGUUGUAAUGUUAGAUACUACCUUUCAUCAUUUGCACUUAUGAAAAAGAGUUAGCUAGUUUUAGUUUGUUACAGUAGAGAGAAGAUGUCCACUGACUGCCAGAAGACCACUGCCAAGGCCAUCCCGUCGACCAGGACGGUGACUGUCAACGACGCGGAGCACAUGCCCCACGACUACUCCACUACUCCCGGAGGCACCCUGUUCAGCACGACCCCGGGUGGUACCAGGAUCAUCUACGACCGAAAGUUUCUGCUGGAUUGUCGCCGCUCUCCAGUUGCCAAGACUCCUCCGCGAGGUCUGCCCAACAUUCCAGGGGUGACCAGUCCACCCUCCAAAGACACCAACGAGAAAGCCCAUAAUGGAGAACUACUGAACAACAACAAAAUCACUGCACCUGACAGCAACAACACCGGUGAUGAUGCGCAGUUUGAAAUGGACAUCUAGGUUGUGCUGGAGCGAGUAUUAAGAUGUCAGACUUACCAACAUGAUGCUGUGGAGAAGGGUUCAGGAGCAUCUUCUCUCUUCCCAUUGUCCAUUCCAUGAAGACGGAGGUUCCCCUGUGGUAUUCACAGUGUCUUUUUGUCUUCAAGUCUGUCUUUGUCAAUCACGUUUGCUAGUUUUGCCCAGAACAAACCUAUAAUGAAGCCUUUUCUGUCUGCCUCAAGGCUUAAUCCUGAUUUAUGUGUGACAAAGUGUGCCUUCCUGUAGCGGUUACAUGUUUGAAAUCAACACUGGGAAGUACUUAACACCAACAAAGCCUCAUCCCCCACUACUGAGAGACAAUAAUGAAAAUGAAGAUCCAAUUUUCUGAAUUUAUCAGCAUUCCUGAAGCGUUUGUAACAUGAUGUGGUUUCAUUUCCACACAUUUCCUGACACCUCUCUUCAAAUAUUGCCUUGAAAUGUUCAAGUUACUGUAUAAUUUGAUGUAUAGUUGAUCACGUUCUGAAAAUUUAAAAAACAGUACUUCACCUGAAGUGUCAUACAGAGAAUGUAAAACAGAAUUUUGUUGAUGAAAUUUUGAAACUGAUUUUCACACAGGGUUUGUAGGGUGACAAAAAGCAUUAAAGCAAACACCAUUAAAGUUAACAACACUU